AGAUAUAUUCACUAGUGGAGAAGAGGAGGUAAACGAUUAAACUAAAAAAAAUAAAUUGUUUGACGACUUGUAUACAAAAGCAAGCAAGUCCUGUCAUAACUUGUCUGGGAAAUAAAUCCAAGAAAGAGCCAUAACUCAUGAGAGGAAUCAUCAUCGCAAGCUUCUUCAUAUUACAGAGUCUUCUGGUGUCUUCAUCUCCAUCACCACCGGACUUCAACUUCUUCUACUGGGUCACCUACUGGCCAGGAGCAAUAUGCGAUAGUCAGAAAGGAUGUUGUCCUCCACCGAAAGGCAACACGGCGUCGGAUUUCAUGAUCCAUGGACUCUGGCCUCAGUUCAACAAUGGCACUUGGCCUGCGUUUUGCGACCAAACCAAUCUCUUCGAUAUCUCCAAGGUAUCAGAUCUAGUAAACAAAAUGGAGAAGAAGUGGACAGAGUGGGGUGUUUGGGCGUGUCCAAGCAACGAGACUAAGCUAUGGGAACACGAGUGGAACAAGCACGGAACUUGUGUUCAAUCUGUCUUCGACCAACACUCUUACUUCCUCACCAAUCUCAGAUUCAGACAAAAACUCAAUCUACUUAACAUCCUUAAACAAAAAGGAAUUAAACCGGAUGGUGGUUUAUACGGUUUAGAUGAGAUCAAGAACGCUAUCAAGUGUGCCAUCGGAUAUGCACCAGGUAUCGAAUGCAAUGAAGAUGUAAAGGGGACAAAGCAGCUAUUCCAGAUCUACAUAUGCCUUGAUAACUACGCAAAAGAGUUUGUGGAAUGCCCUUAUGUGCCUGAUAAAUCAUGUGCUUCCAAGAUCAAGUUUCCAAAGUUCCCAAAGAAAGAUUCUCUCGGUGAGACUCUAAGUGUGAUAUCUUCUGUUUAAACUACCUAAGUAAACAAGAGAGAGUGAAGAGUGUAUUGUGUUUUCAAUAAGAGAGUUAAUGUAAGAAAGCUUCGCUAUAAACUAUGAUGAGUGUGAUGAGUCUUUGAUAAGAGAGUUAAGAACCUGCUAUUAUGGUAAGAAACCGUGUUGCUU